GGCGCGGAGCAUCACAUGGGAUUGCUAAAUGCUCCAAUUCGACAAUCCCGACCGCCAGAGCAUAAAGCCCCCGAGGGGCACCAGGUAAGUUCUCAGCAUCUCCCCGAUGAAGCCUGUUCUGCUCCUAGUACUUGUAGUCCUGGUCAUCGGCAGCUGGGCAGACUGGACCGACCUGGUCUGGGAUGAUGUACUAGCUGCGACCAGCUGCACCGCCUGCGAGACCCUCCUCCGAUCCCUUCAGCAGGUCGCUCGUCAAGGGCCGGCCACCCUGGAAACAGUCCUCGCCAAUUUAUGCAUCCGAAGCAAGAUUUACGACGCCGACUUUUGCACCGGGCUGGUGGCUUCGCAAGUGCCCAGUGCGCAUUAUGUGCUCAGUCAGUUGCAGAUUCCAUCAUACACCGCGCAGACGUUUUGCGCCAGUGUAUUGGAGUUGUGUCCUCCGCCGCCGCCUCGACCAUUUAACCUAACCCUACCUCCGCCUCCACCACCACCACCACCACCUCCUCCUCCUCCUCCUCCUCCUGCAGCAGCAACAGCAGCAUCAUCCAUCCGCAUCGCCCACAUCACCGACACCCACGUUGACCUCCAAUACACCCCCGGAUCCAGCACCCUCUGCCGCAAACCCAUCUGCUGCCGUCCCGACCCACAUGAUAUCCCAGCCAAGCCAUGCCCAGCCUGGGGGCAUUCCCGCUGCGACCCUCCGCUACGGCUGUUGGAGAGUAUGCUCUCCGCCGUGCACGCCCUGCAACCCCAUCUGACACUCUACACGGGGGACGUAGUGCCCCAUGACAUCUGGAACGAGAGUCAGCCGUCGGUGCUGCGCAGCUUCGACACCACGUUUGCUGCUCUACAGACCCUGAAUUGUCCGGUUUACCCCGCGAUCGGGAACCAUGAUACCCACCCGGUGAAUAUCUUUCCGGUGAGCGAGGCCGUGCCGGGGGAGUUGAAUCCCCAGUGGGCGUAUGAUGCGGUGGCAGCGCAUUGGCGGACUCUCCUGGGGGAUGCCAAUACCAAUAUCCCCAUUCAUCACGGGGCGUAUGCUGCUACUGUUACUCUUCCUCCCUCUGUCUUCAAUACCAGUACCAAUACCUCAGAUACUUCCACCCCCACCAACAAUACCAAUACAACCCUAAAAAUAAUCUCCUACAACAGCAACCUCUACUACCGCCUCAACCUCCUCACCUACACGACCCCCAUGUCCCUCGACCCCAUGAAUCAAUUCACCUGGCUCAUCACGGAACUUUCCACCGCGGAACAACUCGCCCAAAAAGUCUACCUCAUCACGCAUAUCCCCUCCACCAGUUCGGAUACCAUUCCGGAGUAUGCGGCGUCGUUACGGGUGAUUCUUCACAGGUUUCGGGGGAUUAUUGUGGGGGUGUUUUGUGGGCAUGGACAUGUUGAUUCGUUUGGGGUGGUUUAUGGUCAUGAUCAUGAGGGGGGUGGUGAGGGGGAGGAUGCUGAGGGGGAGGGGGAGGGGGAGGGGGAGAGGGGGAAAGGGGAAGUGGUCGAGUUAAUGGCGCCGGGGAUUACACUGUCCUCAGGACGGGCGGCGUUUCGGGUUUUAGAUAUCAACAUUGGUGUUGAUACCAAUGGUGAUGGGAAUGGGGGUGGAUGGGAAGUACUAGAUUCCCAGGUUUGGGUGGGGAUCCUUCCCUCCUCUUCUUCCCCCUCCAUUUCCCCACCAAACGAAACCGAAGAAGAACAAGAAGGUGGUGGUGGUGACACCUCACCGAUCUGGAAAAAAUACUACUCCGCGCGAGAGAGCUACGGACGAGUCGUCUUUCCUCUUACCCCUACCACUACCACCACCAAUACCACCACCAAUACUAAUACUCCUCUCUCCCCUCCUAACAGCGGAGAAAGUAAUGGUAGUGACGGUGGUGACGGCACCCUCAACGCCCCCUUCUGGGCUCGACUCACCGACAUCAUGGAAACCCAGCACAAGAUCUUCCGGGAGUAUUGGAUCCGACGCACCCGGGGAUGGCAUGUCCCGGUGUGUGUGGGGAAGUGUGUGGAGAGGGAGAUUUGUCGGUUGAGGGGGGGGUGUCGUUCCAAAUCUACUUCUUCUUUUGCUACUUCGUUGGUGGGGGGUGGGGAGCGGGGGGAGGGUCAUGGGUAUGGUGAUGGUGGGGGUGAGGGGGGUGAGGAUGAUGGUGAUGAGAAUGGAGGGGAUGGAUGGGAUGGAUGGGAAGGGGCUGCCGUGGCCAGAUGGUUGAAAAAGGUUCAAGCAGGGUGUCUGCUUUAG